CCGGAGCCCACUGAUCGUAUACAGUCCGAUCCUGUGACGGCCUCCCCAAAGUCAUUGCCUUGCCGUGUCUCUGAGGAGAGCAUCAGGACUGAAUUUUGCGAGGGACCAGUCGACAGCCCGUAUAGCCCAGCCCCUCCUGAGAGGAAGCUCCCCAGUGCCUUGACCUACGAUCGAGCUGAGCUCAUGCAUCUCUUAAAGAGGACAGAAAGUCCAAAUUGGGUGCCCGGUCGCCAUCUUGAGUCACGGCUCUAUGAAGACGAAGUACAGCCAUCCCCACAGACACCUCAGACGUUAAUUUUAAACGGGUCAUGCUUGCUUUCCCCACCUGCAAUUACUCAAGAGAAGCAAGAUGGUGAAUGGAGCCAAUUUGACGUAAAGACUGCUGGACAGCUCGAGUCGGGGCUUGACAUCGAACGCCCACGCUCUGCCCUUCACAGCGGGGAUUUUACGCCAGACAAUCAAACUUCCGAUGGACACGACAGACAAGACGCUUCUCAACCACGGAAAUCCCAAGACUUCGGGAACUUCAAAGACUCAUGGGCCUCCAGAGAGCCUACGCCGUGGCCCUUUCCACGGAAGGCAAUGGAUUAUAGAAAGGAGGCCUUUGGUUCACCCUCUUCCUCGGUUUCUUCAUCUCUCUCCACAAGUUUUGCUUAUAAACUCCCCACCAGUCCUCUAGUACAUACAGAAAGCCGCGAGGAUAUUGAAUCAGAGACAUCUUCGGACGGGAUCAUAUCCGGAUCCCCCAGGUUGCGAAGGCAUACAAUGAACUGGGCUCAAGGUUGUCCUCUGAGCCACGGAGGAAUGUUGAGGCAUACACCGCCACACAGGGAGCGUACACUUCCGUGCCAAGCACAUCAACCUCGCCGUUCAUUAGCGUCGCUCUCUGGCCUUUCGAUACCAAGCUCUUCCCCUCAAACGCCUUCCAUGUGUCGGUCAAGGCGUCUAUCUCACAGCUCUGAAGGUUCUCCCUUACAGCAUGCAUCUAUGGUUGGAUCUUAUGAAGAAAGUAUUCUCAGGGGACGAAUGUCAACAACGCCUUCCAAACCCUUGGAGUUCGUGGCGCAAAUCGGCGUCCUAGGUAUCGGGAAAUGCAAACUGCAUUUGCGUUGCCCAUCUCACGUCACUCUGCCAUUUUCAGCUGUCUUUUAUCGUUAUUCCAGUACUGUUCAUGGCAGGAGUAGAGGGGAUGAUGGACCGAGUCCCUACGUGGGCCAAAUCGACUUAGAGAACGGAUUGCCAAAUCCAGAGGAAUCGCAACGGUCCAAACGAAAACAAGAAUCAAGGCAUGCCGAACAAAAAUCACCUGAUGGCGACCACAUUGUUCAUGAUAUUGGGGACGAAGCUUCAGGGGGCAAUGGUCAGAGAUUCGAAAAGAACAAGAAAACGUCACGAUCUCACAAAUCGCCUCCUGGAGGCUCGUACCGCAUUCCAGAGAAGGGACAACUCCAAAUCGUCAUCAAAAACCAGAACAAAACAGCUGUCAAACUCUUUCUGGUUCCAUAUGAUUUGACAGGCAUGGAAGCGGGCACAAAGACGUUCAUCCGCCAGCGGAGUUACUCUGCGGGACCCAUCAUUGACGGCCUUAAGAGUACAGUGCCGGACGGCCCUCCUAUUCUUCGAUAUUUGAUCCAUCUUCAUAUUUGCAGCCCGUCAAAAGGUCGUUUUUAUUUGUACAAGGACAUCAGGGUCGUAUUUGCCAAUCGGGUUCCAGAUGGCACCGAGAAGCUUCGUAAUGAAGUCACGUACCCAGAGCCGCGGUACAUGCCCUACAGAGCAUUGCGA